UCACUGAUGCUCCAUCGCAAAACAUCUUCGAAUGCUGCGAUUCAGAUCGCGUCAGCAUCUACGACAAACUCGGUGCAGUUUGCGCUCAUAUUUUCACUGAGGAUAAACCUCCUGUGUGUGCACUGCCCCUGAGGGUAUGCCUCGACUGCAAAUCCAAAAUAGACGAAGCUUACGAGCUGCAUAAGAUGUGCCUGGAAAGUCACCGCCUGCUUCGGGAACUGUUGGCGGCGCCAACAUCGUUGGCGGAAGUGACUAUAAAGGAGGAACCUCUGGAGGUGUAUGAGAAUGAACCCGCCCAGGAAGAGGAGACAAAAGUAUUUGCAGAAAGAUUAGAUAUUCCUAAAGCAAAGGAUAAGGCAGACGAAUUGGGAAAGUUUCAGUGCGAAAAAUGCGAAACGAAGACAAAGCAGAUGUUCGCAUUGUACAAACACAUGAAACACAAACAUCGCAAUGAGGUUCUGCCAUGCGACAAGUGCUACGAGGCUUUCUUCGAUGAGGCCAAACUGGAGGAACAUCGGAAGAUACACGACCACGUGAAGCCAUACAAGUGUCCCAACUGCCCAAAGCGAUUCAAGGUCCGCCGCGUUGUUACGUUGCAUGAGAACCAGUGCAAGGGUCACAAACCCUAUCUGUGCACGGAGUGCGGCAAGGCCUACUCCUACAGUAGCAGCCUGGCGCAACACGUGGCGCGUCACCGGGAGAGGUCUUUCGUGUGCGACCGUUGUCCGUCCAAGUUUCACACGAAGGGGGCGCUGAAAGUUCAUCUGAUGUCGUCGCACGCCACGGGGAAGAACGUUUCCUGCGAAACCUGUGGAGCUCGCUUCGCCACCAAGUACAUGCUGCAGAGGCAUAUGAUCAGUCAUUCAGAUGAACGCCCUUAUGCUUGUGAAGUAUGCAAUAUGAGGUUCAAAAAAGUGCAAAAUAUGCGGCGCCAUAUGCGAACCCACACGGGAGAAAAGCCCCACCAGUGUACCCACUGCGAUCGGGCCUUCUCGCAGAGUAACGACCUGAUCAAACACAUCAAAACACACGUCGGCGACAAACCAUACAAAUGUGAGCAAUGUGAUGCGACGUUCCGUUUGUGCGGGGAAUUGCGAGUCCACAGGGAAGUGCACUAUCGGAAGCAGCAGCAGGAUGGCGAUCAGAAAGAGACGGAAGUAACGUCCGGCGAUGCGAACGACUCCGAGUAAAUGAGUAAAUACCCAAAGGGGCUACCGUUCUUCAAGUGUAUAGUUUUUGAAUGUUUAGCUCAUUACGAAGGCAUGAUCAUAACCGAUAUCUAUGCCUUUGAACAAAAGUGGUAAGAAAAUAAAAUAAAGCAUAACGACAGUUAGAUACCGGACUUCCAAUAAGUGCAAUA